CCUACGCGCACUCCUAGCAACUGUCGUGAGCAUCAGCGAUGGGCCCGCAAAUAUGGCAGUCCAGCACGCCGUGACAAGCGUAUCUUUGCGAGCUAUAUCAACCGAUUAUAUCAGCGUUGACAAAAUGGCCUCACCUGUGUGCGGAGCAACGCCAAGCGUCGCGGAGUAAAGCGGGUCCCUAGAUGAAGGAUGGACGUGGCCACACGGUUUCGUGCCAGCAUGUGGAUCCUAUUGCGCAUUUCAUCCCUUCACAUAAACAACUCGCUUUACUCAACCCUAAACGAGCGCGUCGCAGCUGCACACUGUCAGGUCAUAAGUCGCGACACGAUCUUGUCAGAAACGUUGAACAACACCUCGACAGUUCCGACUGAGCCUUUUCCAUAUGAACUGACACUUUCUAACCAUAUCUGAAGGCUGCGCGGGCUCUGGGGCCCCGCUCACCUCGACGGCUCGGAAUCGGCGCGGACAGGCCCCGCGCAAUGGAGCCGGCAGCUGAGGCCAGUAAUGCUGCCGAACAGAUGGAACCAGAGCGUGCCGCUGCGUCGGCGGAGCCAGCCCCGCCUGCCGUGCCGGUUGCGAGUGAAAGCGACCUCAUUGCUUUCACACGACUGCCAUUAGAGGAGAGGGCCCUCACGCCACAGCUUAGAGGAGUGCUUGCGGAGGCCGCUUUGACCGGCCGGAUACGCUACAAGUGGCCGUUGCUUCGACCGCUCGUUGACUUUGUUCUCGAGCAGGUGCUUACAGCCUACGAUGCCGAGACCCGGGUCGAGGUCGGGCCACCUGGACCCGACUCCGUCGCGGAGACGAUAGAGCGUUUUCAGAAGCUGUUGUCCGCAUUCAGCGAUGCGCCAUGGACUUUCCAGCGCCUGAGCGAAAUCCUGCUCGAACCAAAGCGGCAAUACUCACGCCUGCCCAAGCUGGCAUUGGCAAUCGAGAAAUGCCUGCUGGUGACCACGGAGCUGCCGCCAACAGCCACCGACCAGCUGCCGCCGCCGCCGCUGCUGACAGAGCUGGGGCCGGUCAACGCCAACCCGGCGCCCGUGUACACAAAUAGCCACCACCACGGCGGCGGCAGCCACGGCGGCGGCCACGGCGGCGGCGGGGCGGGCGGCGGCGGCGACGACUCGGGCAGCGCCUUCACGCAGUCCAUGUUGGACCUGCGGCAUCACCCCGGGCACCACCACCACCUGGGUAACCACACAGGCACGCCGGAGCACAUUGAGGAGGACCACUGGCCGGAGGGGCUGCCAGAGGGCAAAGGCGCCUUCAAGGCGGCGGGCGUGGGGCUGCACGUGCCGCUACGGCCCGGGUCGGGCGGCGGCAGCCCAGGCAGCAGCGGGCACGGCUCGCCGGGCAGCAGCGGCAGCCCUGGGGCCGGGGGCGCUGCAGCCGCCGCUGGGGCGUCGGGGUCGGGUGCGUUUGGCGAGCACGGGCCAGGGCACCAUCACCCGCCGGGGCUACUACACCCGCCUGGAGGGGGCAGCCCCGGCUUGACGCCGACGGCGCACACCUUGUUCUCAGCAGUCCUGGGUGCGGCCAGUCCGCCGGGCGGCCGGACGCACGCGACCCGCGGCAGCAGUCCGGGCGCUGGUGGCAGUGGCGGUGGCGGCGAGGGGGCGGCGGGGUCAGCAUCGCCGGCGGCCGCGGCGGGGACUACAGCGCUGCCGGCUGCUGGUGCAGCGGCAGGCGCCGCGUCCACAGCCGCGGCGGACUCCGCGGGGAGUGGCGGGGCUGCCAGCAGCGGGGCUGACACGGAUGUGGUGAUGGCGGAGGGAACAGGCGGCGAGGGGGCUGCUGCUGUUGCGCCGGCGGGGGCGGUCGCCGACGCGACAGCGGCUGACGCGGCGAUGGCCGCGCCGGCUGUGCAGGAGAACGGUCCCUUGCACCGACCAGCGCAGGACGCAAGUGCGGGGCCAGCGGGGGCGGCUGCUGCCUCGGACCGCGACGUGGAGAUGGAGCCGGCGGAUGCACCGAGUGCUGCCAGCGAGGCAGCAGCCGCGGCGCCGGAAGGUGCCAGUGCAGGCGACAUGGAUGGCCCGGCGCCCAUGCAGGAAGCGGGCGAGGGUAGCGGCGCGGGGUUGGAGGGCGGCCAAGCAGCGGUGGAAGCGGAGGCGAAGCCGGCCGGCGAGGACAAGUCAUCUGGCGGGUGAAUCGACGAGCCCGGUGUGGUACGAAUUCGGAAGGCGCGACAGCGACAAAAGCGUCCGCAUGGGCAAGCCCAUAAGCACGGCGCCUAAACGUGGAGUGCUGUCAGGGUCGAGGGUUGACUUGGAGCGUGAAACGCAGGAAAUCGGGAGUAGUUGCAGAGGCGCUGCGGGAAAUGACUCAAAAGUCAUUACAUAUGGCUUCAUCGAGGAACGAGGCCUUGCGGCCAAGAGCGGUGGCAUGCUGGCUCAUGGUGCAAUGGGCUCAGCCUUCGGCGGCUGGCUUUUCCAUGGCUGUCACCCAAGGGGCCCCGUGCAGCAGGAAGGCGGGUAGAGUGUGUUUCACUGUGACCGUGGUGACUGGCGCCAGUUGCAGCACAAGGACUGGUAAACGGACUGUGUGGCAUUUGCCUACAUGCCCUCCGCCCAAACCUAGUAAAGAUGCGACCCCGCUGGGCAUGUGUGGAAAUGUCUCCGCGCACACUCGGUGUGAAGCCCCAGCCCGGGCUACUUCAUGCACCUGGGCAGGCGGGUUUCGAUUUUGUUAUGCUGCGCCCCGUGUUAAGAGCGGUAUAGAGACACAAUACGCCGGAAAAGUGCACGUGGUGGAGGUGCCAAUACAAAAAGGGCACCGGUGCGUGGCCAGCAUGGGUGGUUAAGAGCUACCCCGAGUUGCAGACUCACGUCAACAGGUGCCUUCAAAUCAUUCAUUCUGUAUAAACACACACGC